AUGCUAACCAAUCUCUUGCUGAUUCUAGCAACUCUCUUACAGCCGAAUCCCUUCUCGUUGGACUACCCCGUCACCACCGAUAGUGACUAUUCGUCCCACCGGUCCUUCGCCGGCUCGUCCGGGUUUUCUAUGGAGGAGGACGACCAUAAUCGCAGGGUCAACACGUUGGGUCAUCCCCUGGCUCAGCCCGUCUCCAUCCCGGUCUCUAAUGGCUUGCGAUACAGCGCACAAGCUACUGCUUCCAUGCAAGAUGUCUCGUUUGCAAACUCUCCUUCCAUGCUGAUGAGCCCUGGCGAUACCUGCUCAGGUAUGUGGUCUCGUUUUUGCUUUGAUCGCCGCUUAUGCUAA